AGAGAAAGCUGAUAAUACGAAGGAUGAGGUAGUUCAAAGCAAUGACAAUGCUUCAACCACAAUUCACUAGUGAAGCCCCAUCCUCCCUCUCUCUCUCUCUCUCUCUCUCUCUCUCUCUCUCUCUCUCUCUCUCUCUCUCUCUCUCUCUCUCCCUCCCUCCCUCCAUGGACUUGAUGAUCGCUCUCCAAUCUCUCCUCUUCAUCCUCCUCUUCGUUUAUGUGUGCCUUUAUUUGCAGCAACCACAGCAAACCAAUGGCUUCUCGGUCUACCCUAUCCUCGGAACCGCACCGGAAUUCAUCAAAAACUACCACCGGUACCUCGAGUGGACCACCGACGUGCUCCGCCGCUGCCCUACGAACACCUCCGUCUUCCGCCACCCCACCACCAUCCACGGCGUCCUCACCGCCAACCCCGCAAACGUCGAGCACGUCCUCAAAUCCAACUUCCUCAAUUACCCCAAAGGCGACGAGUUCAGAUACAUCCUCCACGAUUUCCUCGGCCGCGGAAUCUUCAACUCCGAUGGCGACCUCUGGAAGAUCCAGCGCAAGACGGCCAGUUUCAAGUUCAAUAAAAGAUCUAUGCGCAACUUCGUCUCCAAUAUCGUAGCGGUCGAGAUCACGACCCGGUUGAUCCCGGUACUCAGAAAAGCAUCCGAAACGGACCGGGUCUUGGAUCUACAAGACACCCUGGAGCGGUUCGCGUUCGAUAACGUGUGUAUGAUCGCUUUUAAAGUCAACCCAGGCUGUCUCGGCGAAGGCGAUGGGGCCGUCGUCGGCGGCGAGUUCAUUCGAGCUUUCGAAAACGCCGCCGCCAUCAGCUUAGGGAGAUUCAUGCAUGCUUUCCAAUUUGUAUGGAAAAUCAAGAAGUUCUUCAACGUAGGAUCUGAGAGGAGGCUGAAAGAAUCAAUUAAAACCAUUCAUGAAUUCGCAGACAAAGUCGUCGACUUAAGAUUAUCAAAACGAAACGCAGAUGACGAGGAUGAUUUAUUAUCCCAUUUUGUUGGAAUGCACGGUGAGAAUUUAAACUCAUCGAAGGAGUUUCUCCGCGACGUCAUUGUAAGUUUUAUUCUCGCCGGUAGGGACACAACGUCGUCUGCUCUCACUUGGUUCUUCUUCCUCGUGUCAACAACACCCAAUGUGGAGCGAAAAAUCCUACAAGAGCUUGAAACCGUACGUGUCCGCCUUGGCAAGCGCGUAGGCGACACGUACGAUUUCGAAGCGCUGCAGGAGAUGAAUUAUUUGCAAGCAGCAUUAUCGGAAGCGAUGCGACUGUACCCGCCGGUUCCGACCGACACGAAGGUGUGCCAGAACGACGACGUUUUGCCGGACGGGACUUUCGUGGCGAAAGGGUGGUUUAUGACGUACAGCGCAUAUGCCAUGGGGAGAAUGGAAAGCAUAUGGGGGGAGGACUGCGGCGAGUUUCGGCCAGAGAGGUGGCUGGAUGAGGGCGGAAUGUGGCGGCAGCCGGCAAGCCCGUUUAGGUUUCCGGUGUUUCACGGGGGGCCGAGGAUUUGUCUCGGGAGAGAGAUGGCGUAUUUGCAGAUGAAGUGCAUAGCGGCAUGCGUGAUCGAGGGUUUUAAGAUGCACGUGGAGGGGAUGGACAAGAACGGGAAGCGUCCUGGGUACUCGCUGUCUUUGACUCUAAGGAUGAAAGGUGGGUUGCCGAUGAGGGUUAGCCAAAGGUGUGGCUGAAAUUAGCACUCAAUUAACCAUUAGAUUAAGAUUUUUAUUUUUUCCUUUUACAUUUUUGGUAAAGAUUUGUAUCCUAUGUAACCAAUCCCAGCCACACCUGCAUUAAUUAUUAAACUAGGAAAGUUAUAUUACAAAGGGUGGGUGUGUAUCAUGUAGAGGUUAUUCAUAUAGACCUUUGGAGCUUUAAAUAAACUAAGGUUUGGUAAAUGUAUGGUAGCAAGAUAGAUCCUUCUAUAUAUAUAUAUAGUUAUGUAAUUAAGGGAUUACUUGUGUAAUAUAUGUUUAAUAUUAUUCAUAUUAUCUUUUUGUCUCUA